AUGUCAUCAGUCAGCGAAGAUUCUGAUGGCUCCCUAGAUAUGAAGCGCAAGGCUUCGGAAGAAGCUGAUACUCCCGAUUCCAAACACCAGACCAAGAAGGCUCGGACGGAGUCUCCCAAUGAGAUCAAGUAUGAGUCGGUCGAAAAGCUGCCGCUGAAAAUUGUUCCCUACCCAGAGAAAGCUGCUGUUAUUGAAGAACGACGAGGAGAAAUCGAAUUCCGAGUGGUUAACAAUGAUGGCCAGAGGGAGAGCUUUAUCAUUCUUACCGGACUGAAAUGCAUUUUUCAGAAGCAGCUACCGAAGAUGCCCAAAGAUUAUAUCGCGCGACUAGUUUACGACAGGACACAUCUUUCUAUCGCUAUCGUUAAACACCCCUUGGAAGUUGUUGGAGGGAUCACAUAUCGCCCAUUCAAAGGUCGCCAGUUUGCGGAAAUCGUCUUCUGCGCUAUAUCGUCGGAUCAGCAGGUCAAGGGAUAUGGUGCGCAUCUGAUGUCUCAUCUAAAGGAUUACGUGAAAGCGACUUCCGACGUGAUGCAUUUCUUAACCUAUGCCGACAAUUAUGCCAUCGGUUACUUCAAGAAACAAGGUUUCACCAAAGAGAUCAGCCUGGACAAGUCCAUUUGGAUGGGCUAUAUUAAAGAUUAUGAAGGUGGAACAAUCAUGCAGUGCACGAUGUUACCCAAGAUUCGCUAUUUAGAAUCGGGCCGCAUGGUUUUGAAGCAAAAAGAGGCGGUACAUGCGAAGAUCCGUGCCUUCAGCAGAUCACAUAUUGUUCACGCCCCUCCGAAAGAGUGGAAGAACGGCGUGACGAAGAUCGACCCCCUGAGUAUCCCUGCCAUCAAGGAGUCGGGAUGGUCGCCGGACAUGGAUGAGCUGGCGCGUCAACCCCGGCAUGGACCCAACUAUAACCAGCUGCUUCAUCUUCUCAACGAUAUGCAGAAUCAUUCGGCAGCUUGGCCGUUUGUGCAGCCAGUGAAUCGGGACGAGGUCCCGGAUUACUACGAGGUCAUUAAAGAGCCGAUGGAUUUGUCAACCAUGGAAGAGAAGCACGAGAAAGACUUAUAUCCCACGCCGCAAGAUUUUAUCAGGGAUGCAAUGUUGAUCUUCGAUAACUGCAGAAGAUACAACAACGAGACCACGCCAUACGCAAAAAGCGCCAACAAGCUUGAGAAGUUCAUGUGGCAACAAAUUAAGAAUAUCCCCGAGUGGUCGCACCUUGCAGAGAAUCAUUGA